AUGGGUCUGGCACUGUCUGGCUGGCUGGGUGGCAUCCCAGCCAAGAUGAAGAAGGAUGCUCCCUCCUCUUCCUCCUUCCUCCCGCUGUCCAUCCCUACCUCCUCCCGCCUUUCACUGCUCCUAAACUCCUUUCCCAUUGCCCCUGGAGACCCCCGGUGCCGCUGGAGCCCCACACACUGUUCACCUCACUUCCUGCUGUCCCCGUGCGGGGAGGAAGUGACACGUGCACCCACCCAGCAGAGCAGCGACGGGGCUCGGGGGGAGAAGGGGGAGAGGGGAGGACUGCACGUGUGGGAGGUGCUGUGGAGCCCCGCCCACAGAGGAAGUCAUGCUGUGAUUGGUGUAUCCACGGAGCACUGCCCGCUGCAAACCUCCGGUUACACUGCACUGGUGGGCGGAGACUCACAGUCCUGGGGAUGGGAACUCACAACCAAUCAGCUGUGGCAUGCAGGGCGAGCACUGCGGAGGUACCCCGGGGAGAGAGGGGUGCAGGCAGGAGAGCGAUCUGUGUCCCCCCCUCACCCUGUCCCGGAGCACGUGCUGCUGGUUCUGGACACAGACGCAGGAACUCUGGGAUAUAUGGUAGAUGACUGCUUCCUGGGCGUGGCCUUUAAGGACCUCCCCCGAGGGGUGGAGCUGUUCCCAGCCGUCAGCAGCGUAAGGGGUGGAGCCUCCAUACGACUAUGCUACCUCAAUGGAGCUACCCGUGAGUAUAACCUCAUCAUUAUAAUACAAUACAAUGUAACUUUAUUGUACCUUGGCAUGUUGCUUGGCUUUUAUAGCAUCAACACAGACAGGCAACAUUUACCAAAAUAUUACAGCUACCAAACUAAACACAGUGCAACUAACACAACUAAAACAGUUCAGAACUAUUCAUGAUGCCCUUAAACCCAAACAUGCCCACGCCAAGUACUUAUGUUUGCAUCAGUGGAGGCUGCUGAGGGGAGAAUGGCUCAUAAUAAUAGCUGGAACGGAGCCAAUGGAAUGGCAUCAAACCAUGUGUUUGAUGCAUUUGAUUCCAUUCCACCAAUUCCGCUCCAGCCAUUACCACGAGCCCGUCCUCCACAAUUAAGGUGCCAUUGACCUCCUGUGGAAUGCAUGUAUGUUUGUUACAUUUAUUUCUCUCUUUCCUUCCUUCCCUCUCUUUCUCUCAGGCGAGCCUCCUGCACUGAUGGCUCUCUGUGGUCUGUCCAUCCAUGUGUCCAUGGGGAAAGAGAGAGAGACUCAGACAGACAGACUACCUCUGCCUCUUCCUCUUCAACGCUACCUCCUGCCCAGCAUAUGACUUGCACACACAAACACACACACACACACACACACACACACACACACACCACACACACACACACACACACACACACACACACACUGUAUGGAGUAAAUAGGAAUGUUCUCACUGACACAAUGUCCAUAUACUGCUAAAUUAUAGAACCUAUUUAUUACAACCAUGAUAUUGUUGGAUUGUAAAAUACACCUGCUGUUUUUUUACUACAUUUAUAUUUAAUAAUUUAUUAAUUUAUGUUGAAUCUAUUGCUGUUUGUUUAAAAAUGCUAUUUAUUUAUUAAAUAUCUGAUAUUACAGGCUGCCAUAACUCCUGUCCUGGGGCUCAUUGUUAUUGUUCAAGUCUUCUCUACCUCAUGUUCUCACACACACAUACAGGAUGGUUGGUUUAGACAACAAAGUAUAAAAAAAAACUAAUUAAAUAGGUUAGGAUAGCACACUGCUGAUGUGAGUAAUAUUGAACAAUCUGUUUUUUUUGUCCUCUUAGAAUAA